AUGGAGGGAACGCCGCCGCCGCCGCCGAGCCCCUGGCUGCUCCCUGCGCGCUCCGCGGCGGCGGAGGGGGAGGGGCGGGGCCGCCCGCGCGCGCUCCCUCCCGCCGGCCCUGCGUCGGUCGCGCGAGCCCCUAGCGGGCCGGCCUUCCCGGGAGCAGGGACGCGCAGCGCGCGCGCCAGCGGCAGGCGACAGGGCCGGCAACUGCGGGGCUCGGGCCUCGCGCCGCACAACCAGCCGGCACCGCCACCCGCCAGACUGAGCGCGAGCCGGCACCGGCGCUCAUCCGUGCACUCGGCAAUCCCCUGGCCCGCCUGUCCUGGUUCCCGCCCCGCGCUUCCCUGGACUCGGCCGAGCUCGAGCGGAUUUCGCCGCGCCUGGAGCCGGAGGAGCGAGGCAGUGCCAAUCGAUGGACUACAGAAGAGGACUGAAGGUGGAGGAGAGGCAGAAAUGGCAAACAUCACUGUACGCCAGCACAGUCAAGCAAUGACUUUCAGGGGAAAAGAAUCUUCAGAGCGGAUCCAUAUUGGAACCAACUGACUCUCUCCUCAAGCAUUCAUCAAUGAGCAAGUGCAUAACGGUUCGGAGUGGAACUUUAGCCUGUGUGUGGAAAGUGGCGGGAUCACAGAAGGCUUCCCCACUGAUCCUCUAAGAUGGUCCUCUUACUAUAUAGCGCAGUCCUUGCCUGAGGGAGAAAGCAAAUCCAUGUAAAGAUGUCUGCCCCCCUAACUCUGCAUUGACAUACUAAGUCUUUGGAAGACUUAAAGGUCACAAACAUUUAUUAUAUUGAUAAUGUUCCUUUUGGAAAGUAUAUUUUUGGCAAAUUUUAAUGUACUUAGUUGUUAACACAAUAGCCAAAGAACACAUAUCCUCUAUCUUGUUUAAUGCCAAUUAUUCUGUCACAAUUUUGCUUGGAGCUAUUGGAAUACCUUCAAUGUGUGGCUCAGGACAGACAAGUUCAACUCUACCAAGGCUGUAUAUCUCUAUGCCUACUGAAUCAGCUGUUCCCUAUUAAAUUUUUAAGCAAUAUUAAUGACUGACUUCUCUGCAGCCAAGUGGUUUGAUUAUGCUUUUGAUUUAAUUCAGCUUAGGAAAAGGAAAACAAUCUCAUUAAUCAUUUUUGAAGACCCAGUUUAUGUAUGCGGUAUAGAUAUGUUAUUUCCUAAAACACUCUCUGCUGAAGUUCUCUGAUUUAAACAGAAAGACAGGCUCAUUGGCAAGAAAAAAAAUGUUGCAAACUAUAGUUUUAAA